AUGAAGCAAUGGAGUUACUAUAUCGCUAUCAAAGUCAACUCACAAAAUCAACAAUACCAGACGACAAACAGCAAAUUUAAGUUGAAUUUGAAAUCUGAGAAGAUUACUGAGCAGAAUGAAGGACAAAGUUCUCGAGCUUUUUAA